CCCGCCAUGGCGGCGGCGGCGGCGGCGCCGCGCGUGUUCCUGGAGCUGCGGAGACGGCUGCAGAGCGCGCUGCUGAUCCUGCGAGAGCCAAAAGAAGGAGGUAUGCCCAUGGAUAUAUCCAUAACUCCAUCCUCACUCCAGAUGAAAACCCCUGAAGGCUGCACAGAGAUCUGGCUUCCAGCAGAGGUCAGGCUUGUACCUUCCUCUAGCCGUGGGCUGCAGUAUGUGGCUGGAGAUGGACUACACCUGCGGCUGCAGGCGGUGGCCGAGUUUAGCACACAACUGAUUUCAAUGUUUAAUCAAAGCACACAAGCCCAAGACGGUUGCACAUUUUACUGCCAAUCCUGUGGUGAAAUCAUAAUAAGAGACAGGAAACUCCUCAGGGUGCUCCCAUUGCCGACCGAGAACUGGGGAGCUCUAGUUGGAGAAUGGUGUUGUCAUCCGGACCCCUUUGCUAAUAAGCCACUUCAUCCUCAAGAGAACGACUGUUUCAUUGGAGACUCUUUCUUCUUGGUAAAUUUAAGAAGUGAUACAUGGCAACCAGGACCUCAAGUAGCUCCAGUGGAGAUGUACUGUCUUUCUUCUGAGAACCGUUUUAAAUCGAAACCAAAGGCAAAUACCAAAGUAAUUUGUAAGCGUUGCAAGGUAAUGUUGGGAGAGACCAUGUCAUCAGAAACCGUUAAGUUUUAUAUGACGGAGAUGAUUAUUCAGCCAUCUGAGAGAAAUUUUCCCAUCAUUCCAAGGUCUCAGUUUGUACAGAGCAUUAUCGCCCAGUGUCUGGUGGAACUUUCCUCUGCUAGAAGCACUUUUAGAUUCAGCAUUCAAGGUCAUGAUGGCAAAGCGUGCAUCUUGCUAUGGCUUUUAAACUCGGACAGUCUGGUGAUUGAAUCUUCGGGAAGUUCCAGAAGUGUCAAAAAGUUUCCCUUGUUGGAAGAUACUUCGAAGGCAGAUUCCAGUUCUGCUUGGAAUGCUGUCAAAGUCCUCUACCAGCCAUGCAUCAAAAGCAGGAAUGAAAAGCUUGCCAGCUCCUGGGAAAGUGACAUCAGUGUCCACUCUCUGACCCUGCCCUCUGCAACCUGCCUGGAGCUGCUGUUGAUAUUAUCAAGGAGCAACGCCACACUGCCUCCCUCCCUUCGCUCUAUGAAUUCCUUUCAGGUGGCCUUUCUGAAGAUGUAAGCGUGGGAGCCGAAGCACUCCUCUGCGCGGCAGGGAGCGCACGGAGGCCGCAGCCGCCCAGCGAGCAGUGCUUACGGCCAGAACCAGCGCUGCAGAAUGAGAGCCGCGCUGAAGCUUUGAGUUUCACUUGCUUGCAUUUACUCUCUGAGAGAAGACUUAACUUCCAAUCCCUGAAAAAUCAAGGCGGUGAAGCAAGUCACAGUAGCCGGGUGAGAUAAGUAAAGAAGUUCCGUCUCUGUUUCCCGCCGAGAAGAAUAUUCAAGUAUGUGCUGUGCCGGCACCACCUGGGGGGGCAUGAGCUAGCAGAGACCCACCUGUCCUGAGAGGAAGGCAGAGAGGGACUUCGCUGGUGGAGUUGAAUGUUGACUGCUAUAAAUCUUUGGAAAUAAACUUCCAAAGGACUUCUCAGGUUCAUCGAAAACAAAAUUUUAAAAAAUAUAUAGAGAAUUUUAUAUGCCUUAUUUAGAGGAGAUGCUCAGUAAAUAAAUGUUUGUUGAAUAAAUGAUUGUCAAAUUAAAGGUUUUCCCAUUUAUGCAGA